CGGAGGGACAGAAACUGAAAACAGCGGGUUUGUUUGAAAGGAGGAAAGCGUUGCGGUAGCUAUUGACAACGGUGUGAUUCAGUCAGAAAGUUUGUUUUGGUUUUGUCGUUGGAAAAGCUACAAAGAUACUCUUUAAAUGUUUGAAACAAUGCAGUGACGGUGUUCGGGGGCACUGUCUGUUCAACAGCAGGACAAGAUACGGAAAAUAGGAAUGUUUAUAAAGUGGCUAACACUAGCUAAGGUAAGCUACAGUAGCACUACCUUGUUUUUACGCAGUGCUGUAAAGCUUCUGCCACAGCGUUGACCUUCCGCUUGGUUAGCAAGUUAACGAAAACAGUCCCAAAAUGUCCGACACUCGCAUCCUGGAUUUGGAGGAGCAAGUGAAGAGUUUAUCAGAUGAGUUAAUGCAAUGCCAGGCAGACAAGGAGUUUGUGUGGUCCCUAUGGAAACGCCUGCAAGUGGCAAAUCCAGACUUGACCCAGGCUGUCAGUUUGGUGGUUGAGCGUGAGAAGCACAAAGCUGAGAUAAAAGACAGGAAAGUGUUGGAGAUCCUCCAGUCCAAAGACUACACAAUACAGGAGCUGGAACAGAAAGUGACAGGGCAGCAGCAGGAGAUUAACAACUUGGUACUGAGGAGGACGACAGCGGACGAGGAGAAUGCCGUAAUGAAGAAGGAGCUGACAGCUCUGCGUGAACAACUGGUCAAUAAGAGCCAUGAACUUAAGGAAAUGAAGACAGAGUGUAGGAGGAAAGAGGAGGAGGAGCGGCAGGUGGUGCAGGCUCUAGAGGAGGAGAAAGAGGGAUUAACUUCCCGCUGCGCCGCCCUGCGAGCUGACCUAGAGGAGAAAGAGAGGCAGGCCAACAGCCAACGAGACCAGAGGGAUGCUGCCCAGGCCAGAGUCAAGGAGCUGGAGGAGGAGCUACACAAGGCCUGGCAAGAGUUGUCUACUGUGCAGAGCCACAGUAGCAGUCUAGCAGUCCAACUUUCUUCCAAAGAAAGGGAGGUGGCAGCAAAAGAGGGGCAACUCAGUCAACUUCGUCGUGAGUAUGCAGAAGUGCAGACCCUGUACAAACAGAGUACAGAACAUGCAGCAGAGCAGAACCAUCUGAUCAAGCAACUGGAAGGACUCAACCUAGACACACAGAAAGUCUUGAGGAACCAAGAAGAGGCACAUACUGCUGACACCACCUCCUAUCAGAGGCUGUACAAGGAGUUGAGCCAGUGCUACCAGGCCCUAACUUGUAGUGAGGCCAACCUCCGUCACAGUCACCAGGAGCUCAGCAGCCUGCUGGCUCAGAAAGACCAACACAUCCUGCAGCUUCAGGCCCAGCAACAACAGCAGCAGCAGGAGCAAAUGCAACUGCAGCAACAACUGCAGCAAGAACAGGCUCAGCACGCAGCCCCUUACCCCUCACCACACAAACAAACCAACUUUAAGGCGGUGGUGUCAGAGCAGGUUGAUGCUGCAGCUCAGAGGUCUAUCCCUGAUUCUGACUGGGCCUCCACCCGAGGCUCAGAUCCCAGGCCAGAGGAUAAGACCCUUCAACGUAGAUCCACCAUUUCUGUUAGAAGACAGCAGGGUACACCUGUGCAGCGGUCCAGGUCUCUGUCCCCAGCUGGCAGUGUGGAAUUGGGUAGUGGGAGGGGAAGAGGAGCAGAACAGAGGAUUCAAGACCUUGAGGAGCUGUUGCAAUUGAAGAUGGAGGAGAAUGAAGAGCUGAGGAGGGCUCAUGAUAAACGCCGUGAACGCCUGAGUCUGAUUCAGACCAACUACAAGGCAGUCAAAGACCAGCUGAAAGAGAUGGAGAAAUCAAAUGGCUUGCCAGGUGGAAAGAAGCAGCGUGCAGAACCAUGGCAGCUAAGACAAGAGAACAGUGAUGCAGUGUGGAAUGAGCUGGCCUACUUGAAAAACUCCAACAGGAAACUCUCCAUUGAAAAAGCUGGCCUGGAGGAGGAGCUGGACAUGCUGCGAGUCCAGGCUGCUAUGGACCGGGCCACAGUGAAGGAGCUCCACCUGUGUCUUGCUAAUGAACACCAAGAAUUGCUUCACAAAGUGGUGGAGGAGCACCAGGUCAAAAGCAGCACUCCGAAAAAGCUUUUUGUUUCUUCAGAGCGAAUGGAACAGUCAUUUAAAAAGAUUGAACAGCUGGAGCGGAGGAUGAUGUCCCUGGAUGAGGAGACAGAGAGGCUGAGGGAAGAGAAAGAGCGGCUACUUGAGGCCAAGGAAGACUUGGCCCACAACUGCAACAGACUCAAAUCCUCUCUGGAUCAUCUGCGUACCCAGGAAGCAGUCCGUGAAGAGGAGGUCCAGGCCCAAGCCCUGGCCCAGGAGGGGCAGCAUCGCAGUGAGAUCAUGGCUCUAGAAGCCCGACUGGCUGCCUCUCAAAAAGAGGCUACCAAGCUUCAUCAUCAGUUGCUGAGGCUAAGACAGGAGCUAGGGAUCCUCAAAGCAGCCAGGGACUUCUAUAAGAACCGUGCACCUGGACCAGUGCGGGCAGGCGGGAUCGCUAGCAACAUUAGCUGCAAGGUCAAAUUCAAAACAACUAGACUCAGAGGUCCGCUACGCCAGCGCAGCCACCGAACAGUCAGCCCCAAUCAAGCCAUCAGCUGGCAAGGCCGCAGCCCUAGUCCCACUAAGGACGAGUGGGAGGACAUGAGCGUAGAUAGUGACAGUGGUGAAGAGUACUUGGACAGUCUCAACAGCGUGCCCUCAGGGACAACGCCUUACAGACAACACGCUAACAAAAAGUCCUACAGGUGUUCCCUGAUCUCAAACAGAGAGGCGCCGGCAGCAGAAUCCAACAGAAAACAACUCCAUGUUCUGGCCCAAGACGAUGAACAGCAUGAGCCCUGGGAACGAGGGACGAGAGGAGAGGAAAAGAAGUGGAAGAGGAAGAGGAUGCUAAUGAAGACCCAGCACUGCUCCUCCUCUUCUCUGCAGCAGCGCAUAGAGUCCCUACAGCGUCACAUUGACAUACUGCGAAGUGCCAGGAAAGAUGCUGUGCUUUCAGCCAGAGAGCUGCGAAGGGCCAACGAGAAGAUCACAGCACAGCUCAACUCCCUCACUGAGAAACUCUGCAGCAGCAAGCAGCUCACACAGAAGCUGACCUCUGACCUGGCUGGUAUGGAACAGCAGAAAAAGGUUCUAGAGAUGGAGCUGGAGCAGUGGAGGCAGGUCUCGUUCCCCCAGCAAACUGCACCACCACCACCACCAGCACCAACAGCACCAUUAAAUGCAGAGUGCUCCUGCCAGGGCAGGACCAUGCACGGCCCAGUUAAUGUUGCCCCCCAGGCCCUGGGGGCUGAGGUCAAACAACUUCAAGCCAAACUUAAGAGUGCAAGUGCGGAGGUCACAAGGCAGGUGGCAGCUAACAAAGCCCUGCGAGGCCAACUCCAGGAGAAGGAGGACAAGCUCCGCCAGCUGCAGGACAAGACGAGCCACGCAGAGCGAGAUGUGAACAUGAAAAGGCAGCUGGUGGAAGACUUGAAGACGAGACUGAAGUUCUUGCAGGAGAUGGAGAAAAGUUACCGUGGACAGGUGGAGGAGCUGGAGAAGAAGGUGAAGACUUUAUCAGAGGAGGCCACCAACAGGAAGGCCCUCAUUGAAUCUCUAAAGAGGAGACUGAAUGUUGCAACCACAGAGAAAAGCCAGUAUGAGGCCUCCUGUACAAAACUGAAGGACGACCUGGACAAAAAGGAGCAGCGCAUGCAUGCCUUGCAGGCUCGUGUGGGAGCCAGUGAGCAGGCUUUGGCUGCACUGGAACAGACAGCCACUGAGCAAAUGGAGGGGUUGACCCAGCAGAGCUCACAUGCCUUGGACAGGCUUCAGAGACAGUUAGGCCAGUCCUACUCCCACCUGGAGCAGCUUCAUUCUUUCAUCAAGGCCCUGGCCAGUGAAAUACUUUUAGACGUUCAAGAGGUCAAGCAGCAGUUGAUGAAGAGGAGGAAGUUGAGGCAGGCCAAUGCUGUGGCAGCAAAGAGCGGCCUCUCAGCCAAGUCUAUGAUCAAAGCCAAGUCCAUCGCUGCCUCCAUCCUCAAUAUGUCAGAGAAUGAUCUUGCGGACAUAAUGGACACCGACCAGGGGACAGAAACCCAUCCAGAGAUUCCAAGAGACCAGGAGUGGAUGGAUCACCUUAACCACAUCCUCCAGCAGAAGAUCCCCUCUGCCGGCCAGCUAAUGGAGGCUGUGCGCGUGAAGAUGAAGGAGAGGAAAGUGCUGACAGAAGAGCUGGCCACGCUCGCAACACCAGUCAGCGAAAAAGCCUGACUCCCUGGGCUGAGGCUGGGAAAACUGUCAUCCUCUUCUUUUUCUCCCUCCCUCCUUCUCUCCCUCCCCGGUUCCUACUCAGUGGGAGCUGGGCUGAGCCAAGCUGAGCCGGGGCAGCAGAACCAAUAUUUGUGAGAAAAGCGCUGUCGACUCACUCUGGGCCACUGGCUCAACACAGCAGCCCAGCUUUUGUAAAUGAGCCCUCGACAUCUGUGUUAGCGCUCAGUGCACUAUGUCUAUCAGACAGGGCCCUUUAGCUCCAAGCUAAUUUACAGUGCAGCCACUCUCCCCCACUCUCAACGCAGACCUGGGGUGAUAAGGCAAAUGCUUACGCUAAUGUUUAAGUUAUACUUUUUUUUAACUCUCUUUUACCUCUCCCCCUAAUUUAUUUGGCACCUCAAGGACCUUAGGGUGCAGGGACUUGACCUAGCAAUGCCAAGUCGACACUUUGAGAAAGUCAAGAGUGCAGCACCGAGCAGAAUAUACACUGCAAGAGGGUAGAUCCAUUUAUCAGACCUGAUACUACACUGCUCCUAGAGACCGUAUCUAGUGAUUGAAGCCAACUGAAUUGUAUUCAUCAAAAGCAACUGCAAGUAUUUAUUUAUUUCGGAGAUUAUCUUUUUUUUUUUUGUGGAUGUUAAAAUAUGUUCUAGCUUCUAUUCAAGUAUUUGUUGUGUUGUUAAUUUAAUAAAUAAUAAUGUUAAAUAUCAAUGACUUUCUACUGAAAACAUUUUAAUUUCAAAAUAAAAACCUGGUUGACGCA